AUGAUGCUGCUUGCUUCAUGCUUCCCGCACCCGUCUGAGUAUCAGGUAGUUUUAGGACAACAUCAACGUCUACACGAUGAUGGAACAGAGCAGUAUUUCAACGUCACUCGUAUACAUGUGCAUCCAUCAUAUAACGGUAAUACCAAUCUAGAUGGUUUUGCUAAUGAUGUAGCCGUACUGGAGUUAAGUGGAGAUGUUGAUUUAAGUCAUCCUCAAGUUAGUCCUAUACAAUUAGCCACAUUGAAUACCGACUUUACUGGUUUGAGUUGUGAAAUAAGUGGUUGGGGUAAACUUUUAGGUAAGUAUUCACUUGCCGACGAGAACGGUCCGAUUGGCGUUGAGGGUGAUACAGGUGGACCAAUGGUAUGUGAUGGUAAACUAGCUGGUAUCUAUUCCUGGGUAGUUAGUCCGUGCAGAACAACAUUCCCUAGCGUGUUUACCAGAGUUUCUGAAUAUACAGAGUGGAUAAAUAGUCAAUAA